GAGCCGGAGGGCGGCGGGCGGCGCGGCGCUUCCUCGUCUGACAGCACUCAACUCCGCCAGGACGAAGCUUCCUCGGGACGAUGCGGCCAUAGCGACCGCCGAGGAGACGUCGAGCCGAAGGCCGCCAGCCUCACGUCGGUCUCCCGGGGAACGCGCGCGCGCUCCGCCGGAAGUUAGCGCCGCGAGCUAACUUUGUGCUAACUCGACUGGACGCCGAGCGCUGGCCCGUUUGUUGUUGUUAGCCGCUCAUGCUAACCGUGGAAGUUGCCAGUUAGCUGGCCUCCCGAGCCAAAUGGUUGAGUAACUAUUUUGUUAUUAAUUAGAUUUUAACUCCUCCGAUGCGGCCCGGAGCGGGAACCCCCGGGCGGUGAGCGGCGGUAGCCGAAUGGAGCUAGCGAACCGGGAGCUUUUUAGAGAACCAGCCGCGUUGAGGUAACUAUCUGACGGUAGUUAGCUUCGCCGUUAGCCGCCGGAAGAAUGAGUAGAAAACACCAUCAUCACUAUAAAGGAGCCGAGGUCAGCUGCUGCGUCAAGUACUUCUUAUUCGGGUUCAACAUCUUGUUCUGGUUGCUUGGAGCGUCGUUCUUGGCCAUCGGCCUGUGGGCAUGGGCGGAGAAGGGCGUGCUGUCCAACCUGUCGGCCAUCACGGACCUGGGGGCCCUGGACCCCGUGUGGCUCUUCAUCGUGGUGGGGGCGGUCAUGUUCAUCCUGGGCUUCGCCGGCUGCAUCGGAGCGCUCCGGGAGAACACCACGCUGCUCAAAUUCUUUUCUGUGUUCCUGGGUCUGAUCUUCUUCCUGGAGCUGACGGCGGGGAUCCUCUCCUUCGUCUUUAAGGACUGGAUCAAAGACCAGCUCAACUUAUUCAUCAACAAAAACGUCAAGGCCUACCGCGAUGACAUCGACUUGCAGAACGUCAUCGACUUUGCCCAGGAAUACUGGUCCUGCUGUGGAACUCAUGGGUCUGACGACUGGAACCUCAACAUGUACUUCAACUGCACGGAGCUGAACCCCAGCAGGGAGAGCUGCGGAGUCCCGUUCUCCUGCUGCGUCAAAGACCCGGCGGAGGACGUCCUCAACACGCAGUGCGGCUACGACGUGCGGCGUCAAGAGGAGCAGAACCGGCAGAAGUUCAUCUACACCAAAGGCUGCGUGGGCCAGUUUGAGAAGUGGCUUCAGGACAAGCUGAUCAUCGUCGCUGGGAUCUUUGUUGGUAUUGCACUUUUACAGAUUUUUGGGAUCUGCCUCGCUCAAAACCUGGUGAGCGACGUCAAGGCCGUCAAAGCCAACUGGUGACGGGAGCUCCGCCCCUUUUUAGACCCCCGAGCGAGGUCAUCAACGCGGCGGAGGACGGGGAGCCGAGACCCCGUCGACGCUGCCUUGUGCCCGUUGAGCCAAGCAGCACAAACGCACUCUCACACGUUGUUUACAUCGUGCAUCCACAAAGAGUUUACUUCCUGUUGCGUCGGGGACACUUGAAAGGGGAGAAGAAGAAUCCCACAACAACAACAACACUUUGUUUACCGCCGGCUGGAUUUUAACCCCAACGGCCCCGCCUCCUUCUUAAAAUGUUGUUUUUCGUCUUCCUGUGUUUCUCUUUUCUUUGGACGCGUGUAUUUGAGUCGGGAGAUUAGAAGCCGAGAAACAAAAAAACAUCAACAAAGGAAAACCUCCUUUUUUUUGACCCGUCGUCACGCAGCCUGAACAUCGGCGUGGUGAACGCGCUCGUCCCCGCUUCCUGCUGCUGGGGCGCACUUCCUGCUGUGGGGCAUUGUGGGUAACCGGCCCGCCGCCCUCUGCAUGCCGCUCAUGACCACUGACUGAACUCAAAGUGUACAAAGUGCCAUUUAAUGUCCUCCGAUAUAUUCUGUUGUCCUCUUCCUGUUCCGUGCGUAUCACUUCUGCCCCACAAUGCCUCAGGGCCCAGAUCUAGAACAUGCUUCCUUCCUGUGUGUGUGUGUGUGUGUGUGUGUGUGUGUGUGACCAGUUGUGUAGUAAUGAUCUGAAGGGCGUUGUAUGACCGGUUGUGAUCAUAGGACUAGUUCAUCUCUCAGCAUCCCUCAGGCACAUGGGAUGCUGACUCGGGGCCUUUUUUUUGUACUCGACCUGCGUCGCCACGCUCGUCUUCUUCGCUCGUGAAAUAAGAAUGUUUGUUUUUAAAGAAUUAUUCAUCCCGUUUUAUUUCCUAUGAUUUUAUUGACUGCUUUCUUUUUGUUUCCUGGUUUUCGUUGUUUGGCUUCACCUGUUUUACCUCUGACCCGUCGGCCGCCUGGCAACAGCUGCUUGUUGUUGUUGUUGUUGUUGUUGGCGGUUCUGACGGAGACCAAAUAAUAUCAGCUACCUGCCGAGGCUUCACCCAGAAUGCCGAGCGGAAAACGAGACGGCGUUUCUCGACGGCCGGAAUGUGAAUGUGUGGUUUGACGUCUAAAUGUUCCAAGUCUUUGAUCCGUGGAUCACGUGGUGUCUUUAGUUCUGAAGAGGAAGCUCCUCCCUUCUGUUCGGACGCAGCUCGACAGGAACGCUGCUGAGCUGUGUUGAGGACGAGCAUCAGGUGAGCUCCAUGUCGAAGGUUUCAGGGUCUGACCUGAGGUCCUUUGAUCACAUGACUCAGCAAAGCUCCUGGUGAACCGGGUUCACGUGACGGGUCACUUAGCUCUGACUGCGUUGAACCGGCCCUGGUUCUGGUUCUGGUCCUGGUUCUGGUCCUGUCGUUCAGACACAGAAGAAAAUACGUUUGAAGAGGAGGAGCAUUAAUAUUCUGAGAACACAAACCCUGCUUCACUGAGUCUGUCGGUCGCACACACACACACAAACACACACAGAAACACACAGCAACACAGACAGACACACACAAACACACACACAGAAACACACAUAAACACACAGACACAAACACACACACACAUACACAGACAGACACACACAAACACACACACAGAAACACACAGACACAAACACACACACACAUAGACAGACACACACAAACACACACACACAGAAACACACAGACACACACAAACACACACACAUAAACACACAGACACAAACACACACACACACAUAGACAGACAGACACAAACACAGAAACACACACACACAAACACACAGCAACACAGACACACACACAGACACAAACACACACAGAAACACACAGCAACACAGACACAAACAGACACACAGACAGACAGACAGACACACACACACACACAGAAACACACAGCAACACAGACACACAUAGACAGACACACAGACACACACACCUGCAGCUCUCACUAAACGCUCUGCCACCGUGUCUGGAUGCCAAUAAUCUGCCCGUCGCCGUGGUGACGAUGCAGAAGCGACUUCCUGGUGUUCGCUUGUUUAACAACGUGUGUGUGUGUGUGUGUGUGUGUGUGUGUGUGUGUGUGUGUGUGUGUGUGUGUGUGUGUGUGUGUGUGUGUGUGUGUGUGUGUGUGUGUGUGUGUGUGUGUGUCUGUGUCUGUGUCUGUGUCUGUGUCUGUCUGUCUGUCUGUCUGUCUGUCUGUCUGUCUGUCUGUCUGUCUGUCUGUCUGUCUUACACCAGCGUGACGACCGUCUGGUUCCACAGUCGUUCGUCUUCUUCUCUCCACAGAAACUACGAGAACUCCUAGAGCCUCGGACACGGGGGUCACGUGGGUCACGGUCUGUUACACUGUAUAUUGUGUCUUAAAAUAUGCCCCUUUCAUAUAUUAAAGGAUUUAUGAUAACUCAA